UCUGCAGUUUUAUUGAAUAGAGCAGUGUGCAUUAGGAGGCCUGCCUGCCUGCUUGCUCUCUGGCUGUGUUGCUUAAAGGGACCUCGGCUUCCUUUCCUACAGCGCUACGUCCUGCUCGGGAAGAAGCCGCUGCUUGAGAGAUAAUCAAUAACAGAUUUCAAGAUCAUCCAAUCCAACACACAGGGGUAGACGUCUGACUGCUUCCCCACCCAGGUGUUCUCUGGGCUCCCUAAACCUGCAACCUCGCUAUGGAUGAUUUUGAGCGCCGCAGAGAACUCCGCAGGCAAAAGAGGGAGGAGAUGCGGCUGGAAGCAGAGAGAAUCGCCUAUCAGAGGAAUGACGAUGAUGAGGAAGAGGCUGCCAGGGAACGGCGCCGCCGAGCCCGGCAGGAAAGGCUGCGGCAGAAGCAAGAGGAAGAAUCCUUGGGACAGGUGACAGACCAGGUGGAGACCCAUGCCCAGAACAGUGUCCCUGAUGAAGAGUCUAAGCCAGCCACUACAAACACUCAGAUAGAAGGUGAUGAGGAGGCUGCCUUACUGGAACGCCUGGCUAGGCGAGAAGAGAGACGUCAAAAACGUCUCCAGGAGGCUCUAGAACGUCAGAAGGAGUUUGAUCCAACUGUAACAGAUGCCAGUCUGUCAGGGCCAAGCAGAAGAAUGCAAAAUGACACAGCAGAAAAUGAAACAGCAGAGAAGGAAGAGAAAAGAGAGAGUCGCCCAGGACGAUAUGAGGUGGAGGAAACAGAAGUAGUCAUCAAGACCUACCAGAAGAACAGCUAUCAGGAUGCUGAAGACAAAAAGAAAGAAGAAAAGGAGGAGGAGGAGGAAGAGAAGCUGAAGGGAGGGAGCCUUGGCGAAAAUCAGGUAGAGGAGAUGGUAGAAGAGAAAACACCAGAAACCCAAGAGGAAGCCGUGGUAAUGGUAUUGGAAAAUGGGCAAAUCAAAGAUGAGAAGAUUCAAAAGGACAAAGAACCCAAAGAAGAAGUCAAGAGCUUCUUGGAUCGAAAGAAAGGAUUUACAGAAGUGAAGGCGCAGAAUGGAGAAUUCAUGACUCACAAACUUAAACAAACUGAGAAUGCUUUCAGCCCCAGCCGCCCAGGAUGCCGGGCCGGUGGGGACAAGGAAGCUGAAGGUGCCCCUCAAGUGGAAGCUGGCAAGAGGCUGGAGGAACUGCGCCGGCGCCGCGGGGAGACUGAGAGCGAAGAGUUCGAAAAACUCAAACAAAAGCAACAGGAGGCAGCCUUGGAGCUGGAAGAGCUGAAGAAAAAGAGGGAAGAGAGAAGGAAGGUCCUGGAGGAAGAGGAGCAGAGGAGGAAGCAGGAGGAGGCCGAUCGAAAAGCUAGAGAAGAGGAAGAGAAGAAAAGGCUAAAGGAAGAGAUUGAAAAGAGAAGGGCAGAAGCUGCUGAGAAGCGUCAGAAGAUGCCAGAAGACGGCUUGUCUGAGGACAAGAAGCCGUUCAAGUGUUUCACUCCUAAAGGCUCAUCUCUCAAGAUAGAGGAACGAGCCGAAUUUCUGAAUAAGUCUGUGCAGAAAAGUGGCGUCAAAUCUACUCAUCAAGCAGCGGUAGUCUCCAAGAUUGACAGCAGGCUGGAGCAGUAUACCAAUGCCAUUGAGGGAACAAAAACUUCAAAACCUACUAAGCCUGCAGCAUCAGAUCUUCCUGUUCCGGCCGAAGGCGUCCGCAGUAUCAAGAGCAUGUGGGAGAAAGGGAAUGUGUUUUCAUCCCCCUCUGCCUCAGGGACACCAAAUAAGGAAACCGCUGGCCUGAAGGUGGGAGUCUCCAGCCGCAUCAAUGAAUGGCUAACUAAAUCACCAGAUGGCAACAAAUCACCUGCUCCAAAGCCUUCUGACUUGAGGCCAGGAGAUGUAUCUGGCAAGCGGAACCUCUGGGAAAAGCAAUCUGUGGAUAAGGUCACUUCCCCCACUAAGCAGGUUUGAAACAAUCGGAGAAAGAACCCAACUGCAAGACAUCUUGCUGGGCCAGCUCAGUUGUAGGGGGCUAAUUGCUCUGUUUAUAUUUAUGUUGAUUUACUAAAUUGGGUUCAUUUUCCUUUUUUUCUCUUAUUUUCCAAUAUCCCAGUAAACCCAUGUAUAUGCUCACUAUAUUUAAUAGUCACAACUAGAGAUGUUCAUGGUCAAAGUACUGCCUUUGCAAAGGAGCCUGUUUCUAAACAAACCCAUGCUGUGAAAUAGACUCGCUACUGUCUGCUGUCAUCUGAACAGUGACACCAACCACAUUGGAAGUCAACAAAAGGAAUUUGAGGUUAAGAUUAUCUGAGGAAUGUAUGGGGGGGGGGAUGAACCAUAGGUUUUGUUUUGUUUCCAUAACGACAUCAUGUUUCUGCACUUUAGAGUAAAGCAUGGAAGAAAUUAUCUAAGUAGGUAAUCGAAACUAUCUGAAAGUAACCCAUUUCAGAUCUGAUCUAGGGCAAUAAUGGUUGUAUUUUUUAAAAAAAAAAAAAAAGAUGUACUGUUGAGAUAUUGUUUUUUUAUGUGCUGGUUCAUAUACCUAAAUUGGAUGAUUAUUUUAGCUGACCGUGGUACUGAUUCUUUUUCAGGUUGAUUGCUUUGUGGAUUUCUUUGGUAGUGAUAGUAGCCUGAACCACAUUUAGAUAACACAACUAUGUAAUGUAUGUGCAUACAUGUAUACAGACACACUAAUGGUAGGCUGCUCUUUCAUGUGCUAGACUAUUAUAUUUAGUAGUAUGUCCUUGUAACUCAUCAAUAUCACAGCUUUUGAAGAUUAAAAAUCACAAUAUUAUAAUAUUUCAUAUUUGCCAGUAGAAACAUGGAAGUUAGGUAUAGCUAUGUUUUCAAUGCCCAAUGACUUAUAAGAAAAAAAAGUAUUGGAAAAAAAAGAGAUUAGAAGUGUCAAAAUUAGUUGAAAUUUCUUAUAAGACAUAGUAUUUAGUUUAUAAUUGAGGGCAGUCUUGAAGUCCAGAGUGAAUUUUAUUAAGUCUACCAUCUGGACCAAGCUCAAAGCCUACUUAUUUGUAACAGUAAAGUUUCCCCCCAAAAGUUGGCCUACAUAAUAUCUAAGGUGUCUUCUUUCUGUACCACUUAGAGUCAAGGAGUUUGGAGACAGUAUUGCACAAAUUAGAAUUCAUGUAGACACCUAAACAAUGACCAACUCUGCCUCGUAGAGAAACAGACAGGUACAGUGAGCAAAGGCAUGGCAGUGCUUCUAUCUUGUUGUGCUCAGACCCUUUAAAUCAAAAGUUUCUGUCAUUAUUAGUCAGUUGGUACUGUCCUAAAUUGAUAAUAUCUUGAAAUUUCAAAAGUAUAUGUAAAUUUUAAUAGUUUUACUCCCUCGCCAGGGGUCUCUAGGGUUAUCAGAGCCUAUAUUAUAUUAGCUUCUCUUCCUUCUUUCCACUAGAUGACAAAAAGUACCCCAGCGUCUUACAGAAUGUUCCUAUAUAGAACAUUCUAUGCGUACAGUGUCAUUGUACAAAUUCAUACCUCAGCUGACUUAACCAAAAUUAUCUUAGUCUCCAUUCCUUCCGCAUGGGGAGAGCCCCCAAAAUAGCUCUAAUUUUAAUCCACAUAUUUCCCUUCAGGAGGGAAGGGCUGGCUUGAGGGGUAGCCACUGCCUUGAAAGUCUACUUUUCUCAUGAAUUAGUAAAGAUAGUUGGAUUCCCUAGCUUUUAGCACACUUGGGCCAAAGGAAGGAAAGCCACUAAGACUACACGAGUCAUCUAUCCAUGACAGAGUAGACACAAGUCUAUGGUAAGAUGAACUAGAAUGCACAUGGUGCACCAUGGAAAUGACUUCCAUCAUUGGAGUAAAAUGGAUCAGAUUGAUGGUGAGGGAACACGGCUGUGUUAGAGCUUUGAACAAAGGCCUUCUCCUGACCGCUAUUACAUAGGCUUUUUGGGUUUUGUUGCUUUUAAGGAAGUUCAAAGUUGGAAAAAGAAUGUUUUGAUCCUAAAUUUUAUUCCAAUAUUUGGAUGACAUAAGUUUUAGGGUAGAAUUUUGUUCUGCUUGGAUUUAGAAAGCAAAUUUCUCAUUUACUUGUUCAAUUACAGCUCUCUGUUAUCUUUAAGAGAGGAAACUGCACGUGGACUAGCGUGUUCUGUGAAUCUGCCAUUGUUAAAAACAUUAUAAACACUUGGUAUUUUUCACUGAUGAUUGAUCGCUGCAAUAAAAAUAUAUUGUGAAAAUGCAUCCACAAUAAAUGGAAUUCUUCCAAAUG